AUGAGCAAGAUUCAAAAAUUAUUUGUAGCAAUCUGCAAUUAUGCUGCAUUUCAACUUCAUGUAAAUCAGACUGCUAAAGGACAAUACACAUUUGCAGGAUUCUACGGAAAAUAUGUAGAGCUUGUUUUGGAGGCUUGGAAAGGGGAGUAUGAAAUUAUCUUCACCAAGGACUUCGACCUGGGUGUUAAAGAUUCUUCAGGAAAUUGGACUGGUCAAAUAGGAGCUGUAGCGAGAGGAGACGCUGAUAUAGCGAUAAGUGUUAUGCCCAUUCUUGAAGACACAUUUAGAGAUUUGGAGUUUUCAACUGCAUAUACAUUGGAGGAAGUAUCAUUUGCUGCUCAAAAGUGGUCUGAAGACGACAUUUUUCAAUUUUUGAUGCUGUUUGAUAAAGCUGUUUGGGUAUCACUAUUUAUUAGUCUCAUAAGCCUAUCAGUGCUCUUUUUUCUGAUUCUAGAAGGAAAGAAAAAUUAUUCCUACGUACUUCUAAACGCAUUCGCAAAUGUCAUUGGCAAAUCUUCAGAUCUCGAAAAAGAUUUGUUCAGAUGGAAAUUAUUACUAGGUUGCUGGCUUCUGUGUGCUUUCGUUGUGUCAUGCAGUUAUUCUGCUGUGCUGCUCUCGUUUUUGACCUUACCGCCUCAAAGUAAAGUCUUAAAAGAUUUUCGGGAUUUGUCUGAAGCUGUCCAAAGAGGCAGCCAUCGGGCAUAUAUUGCAGAGAGAGCUGCGCAAUUUCCCUUCAUAGUAAAUUCAAAGGUAGAUUACUUGCAUAAAAUUGGAAAUGCGAUAAUCAAAAAUAAAUGGUACAUUGACUUCAAUUCAGUGUUAAAUGAACAUGAUCCUAAAGCAGUUAUGAUCAUGGCCCGCUCAGCACUCAAUUUCUUGUUUGGAUCAGGGGAUUUGAAGCAGUUAUAUCGUAAAUCAACUGAUAAUCUUUUCGUUGUGCCCAUAGGUGUAGCAUUGAAAAAAAACUUUUGUUGCGGAUCUCGAAUAAACAAGAUAGUGAGCAGAAUCGAAAGUGCAGGUUUACGGGAGAAGAUAUUAAAGGAUGUUUCGUUUAGAUAUUGGUUGGAUAUCUUCAGCAAAUUUACGAAAAACGAGGACCAAGGUAUUCACGCACUUUCAUUGAGAGAUUUAAGAGGAAGUUUCGUAAUAUUGAGCGUAGGCUUAGGAUUGUCCUUGAUUGUAUUUCUUGGAGAAGUUAUUAUUGAACGUGUCCAACGAAAGAAGAAAGAAAUGAAUCAUUCGAGGACACCUGUUAAUCAUUAA